CUGCGCGGGCGCAGCGCCGGGCCCGGGCGCGCAUGCGCUUCUCUUCCAAUGGCGGAUCCCGGCGGCGAUUUGUUCGACAGCAUCGUUCUGGCGGAGGAUCGAUUUCGUGGGGAAGGUUAUCAGGAAGGGUUUACAGAAGGAAGUCAUUUGGGAGAAACUGAGGGACGACGCUAUGGCUCGGCAAAUGGUGCUAAGAUUGGAUCAGAGGUUUCCUUUUACAAAGGUUUUGCUUAUACUUGGAAGUGUCUUCUUCAGAAUAACCAAGAUGUUAAGAGCAGUAAAAGGCUGAAAGUCCUAAAUUCAUUACUGGAAAUGGUUCAGCAGUUUCCAUAUGAAGACCCAACUUACGACAAGUUACAAGAGGACCUAGAAAAGAUGCGAGCUAAGUUCAAACAGAUUUGUUCUCUGCUGAAUGUCCAGCCUGUUUUUCAAAAUGUAAAAUCAGCUGAGAUGUCCUUCUGAAGCAGACCAUUAUGCCUGACCUUAGUAACACUUCAUGUUAAAACAAGUCUAGCUCUCCGUGCCUGAAGUGGAGGAAGCAACUGGAUAAAUUGAAAUUUGCUCAGAAAAAGCAAACACAUCAUAACUACAGAUUUUAAUGUGAUGUUGGAAAGUUAUUCAUUUGCUGCUGCAAGGAAAAGUUAAUUUCAAAUUUCUUUCACUGACCUUUAGAGAUGACUGAUACAGCCUGAACUGACUACUACAAAACUAUGGGAAGGGCUAUCAUUUCCUACUGGGGACUUGAGGAAUUUAAUGAGAUUCCAGUUUUUAGCAGUUUGAAUUCAGUUUUUUUUGGGACACUUUCAUUGACCUUGUUCUUUGUAAGUUACUUGUAUAUUUCUAAUUAUUUUAGAAAAUUAAUAGCACAGCUAGUUCUCAAUAACAGCAAUGAGAUGAUGAGCAGAUUAUUUAAUUGACGUUGCCCAAGGUAUAUAUUGGACAACUUUGCUGUUUCAAAGUGGUCCUGAGGACCUUUCUGUGCCUGCUUGAGAGGGAUUGCAGGGUCUCAGUUUAUUAUUGUACCUGGAAGACAUUGCCACCACACAACUGUGUACUGCACUGGAUGUCAUCUUGUAUUAUAAAAUGAGAUCUCUAAAGUUAGAUUUAAACUGAGGCUAACAACAAAUCGUUCUGCUAACUGUAUACAAUGGAUAAACAGCAGUUCUAUUAGUUAAUAAACAAAGGUUGAUUACAUUUAUUAUUUAAGUUGUAAGAGCGAUCAAAUCCUCAUGGUCAAAAUAUCUGAAUGUAAAAUUUGC